AUGACGCAAACAGACCCAGCUCUCCGAAAAAGUGUUUCAAGACGAACAUGGCGGCAACUUAACUGCGGUCCAAGAUGACAAUGGCCAUCAGAAGAACAGAUUCAAGGCUUUCCGCCCCGGUACGGGACAGAGAACCCAAUCUGUCUGCAUCAAAAGGGCUCCUUCCUCUCAUUUAAGUGAAUCUGCAGACCGAACGGCGGCAGACGCGCAGCAGCAGUACCGCGAGGCUCGCAACAGCUGGUCUCUCUGCGCCCCUGACGAGAGAACAAGCCCAGGGAGGGACAUUCGGCAGAGGGGGGCAUGCGGUCAAAAAGGACGCCGUUUCCCCCCGGAGAGCCAUGGAGAACCGGGAUGCGGCAGCGCGAAGCUUAAUCUGUGCGGGCACGCAAAUUAGAUCGGAAUAGCACUGAUUGCUACGGGCGCGAUAGUGGAGCGCCCUGGACCGGCGGAGGCACGGCACCCCACUGUCACAGAGGAGAACCAACCUGAGUCGAUCUCCCAACAAGUCAAUGAGUAUUGUGGCAGAGCAGCCCCCGCGGUGGAGUCGGCCAGGGCAGCACUUUCCUAAAAUAUGACCAGGGGUGCUUGGAUGCGUCGGCAGCAUGACGAAGGCUUAAAUUACUGGUUUGCACCCCGAGAGAACGAGAAGCCAUUUACGGAGUCGGAACGGGCCCAGAGAUGGCGACAGUCGCUGGCCUCUCUGCUGUUCAUCACCGUCCUACUCUCUGAUCACUUAUGGUUCUGCGCUGAGGCGAAACUGACGCGAACCCGAGACAAGCGGUCGGACCAGGGGCUUACAAUCACGGACAUGGGCGAAUACCCAAACUCCUUCCACCAACAACACCAUACCCAAACAUCACCUGACCCCCACCGUCUCGCCAGAGAGCAAGAUGUUAUUUUUAUAGGGAAUUCUACCAAGCCUCUGUGGCGAAUGGACACCUGUCACCCCGACAGUGUGUCCAAAAACUGCUUUACUUUCACGGACGCGAAGACCGUGUGCCUGGGCCUCUCUGGUGGAGGGGAAGAGGGGACACAGUCGGCGUACGUGAAUCUGAGCGAUUUGUACCUUUCUUUUUGUAAUUCCUACUCACUUUUGGAUUUGUUUUACGGGUUUACGAGUCCGGACGUUAUGAAUUGCACCCUGGAUAUGGCCAUGGGGGUGGAUCUGCUGGGAUGCAGGGAGUGCGUCCAGGCUUAUCAGCGUCUUGAUCAGCAGGCGGAGGAGAACUACCGGGAGUUUGAGCUGCUGGUUCAGAAAUACGAGACGGAUGUUUACUCGGUUAGGACGUGCAUGGAGGAGUGCAAGAUGGUUUAUAAGCCCUGGCUGUGUUCUCAGUACUUCCAGACCACCCAGAUGCACUGCAGCAAGCGAAUCCCCUGUGGCCAGUACUGCCUGGAGGUUCAGCAACGGUGCCCCUUUGUCCUUCCCGACAAUGAUGAUCUCAUUCACGGAGGCAGCCCCAGUUUUAUAUGCACAGGGUUGCUGGAGGACUAUCCAUCAGGUGUAGACCCGGAUGCAGAGUGCUGCGAUGUUCGAUGGGACAUGAAAGUAGACAACCGCUCCAGGGGGACCCUGAAAAGAACUCACCCACCAUGCCAGCAUCGUACCUCCCUCAGCUCUUCGGCAGCCUGCAGACUGUGUAACAGCCGGCUCAAACUCUGCCUGCUGGUCCUCGUCCUCCUACACACUGUUGCCAGCCUCACUGCAUCCCACAAUGCAACAGGACUGGGCCUCCCCACAAUCACGCCUCUGGAGGAGAACCCCACUAAUGAGGAGUGAUUGAUCUGCCAGGAAGAAACAAGGUUGUUAGGGUGGGGGAUUCCCUCACCAUAGCAACCGAUGUGGAAAAAUACAGCAACAGUUGUGCAAAUGGGUGGAGCUGUGUGCCUGUGGACAAUUCUGCAACAUUUUCUGGCCAACGGAAAAUGUCGGACAUUUUGAAAUGAAAGAUACACAAAUCAAUCAAAACAAAUAAGUGACUAAACAAACAGACAUGCAAAGGGAUUCAAGCAGUCCCUUAGGAAAGGGGGACAAUACCACAGCCUUUGUUAAGAGGGAAAGUCAGCUUCCUUGUGGCUGAAUUUCUCUUACUACGCUUUUUUACACUGUGUUCCAAUUCUUGGUUUCUGUUGCACUGGCUGACUAUGGAAUAACACAAUCAUAUUCUGAACAUCAGUUCAUCCUUUGUCUUUGUUUCUGGGUCCUUAUACGGGAACAAAAUGUGUUCACUAAUUAAGAAAGAUAAUGUGUAAAAAGAUAAUAAUUAGCUGCAAAUUUGUGUGUGUGUAUGUUGUUUUCAAUACUUAGAAGGCGUGAGAGAGCAUGUGUGGGCACGUCUUACACAUGUGUUUGUGUGUGCGUGUGUGUUUGAGAGAGAGAAUGCGCACAUCCUAAAAGUCUACCUAACAGGUUGGUGCAACUGAUGAUUUUAUGGAGACCCCCCUCAGAUGUCACUCAGCUCCACCACGCUGGUUUGUUGGCCACAAUAAACUUAACUGGGGUUUCUGAUUUCCAUAAUCUGUGUUUAACACAGGAAUUAAUAUUUUCCCUGCACUUUGUUUUGUGAGAUACUGUUCACCUAUUUACUCUGUUUUCAAAGAUCAAACCAUUUCUGUACUUAUUGUUAAGAAACUAACAGCUGGCUCAGGAAGUGUUUGUCCAUUUCUGCCAAAGUCUUACAGCAAAUAUGUCUAACUUCCCUUAUCCAGUGCUGGAUCACCUUAUAACCAUGCAAAAACAAUUAAACAAAUGAGUCUAAUAGGGUAUAAAAGACAAACAUUAAGUCUAAGUUUAUCCAAACUGAUUUUGGAUAAAGUUUUUUACCUCUCAAUUUUUUUUAUUUAAUUCUUUUCAUUUUUCUUUCUUUCUUUAUUUUAUUUGAUUUUGUAAUGUAAAUGGGUAAAAGUCUUAGUUGGGAGAAUUCCUGAACAAUUUAUUCAUGGAUAGCUUAUGAAAAAAGUACAGCAACUUUUACAAAUGGUGGAUCAGAUAAAUAGUUUUCAUUACCAAAUCUUUUGUUUUUACUGUUUUUCUAAUGGGGACAGAUGUGUAGCUGAUCUCACAGGCUAAUCAGUUUGAGACAUUUUAUUCUGUUUAAGUCAAUAUUUUUCUUUUACCUCAACUAAAUGUUGUUAUAUUAGUGUGCUUCUAAGAUGAGUGUGGUUUCAAAUUGCAGAAAGCAGCAUGUAACGGUUACAACUUAAGUUCAGCUUAUCUAAAAAGUUACUAAAAAAUUGCAGUAAACUAAAACCCUGAC